UUUCAAUCUCUUCCUCUUUUUCUGUUGUUGAGGUCUUUUUAUUCUUUUCUUUUCCUUUGAAGGGAAAUCGAUUCCCGAGUUUUAAGUACUUUUAUGGCCUGAAAUUUGAUAUAUAUAUGUUUUUGUUUUUCCUUCACUCAUCUUUCUGUAGAUUUUGUGGUGCUUCCGUUACUCAAUUCUCUGUAGUUUUUAUGAUUGGGGAUGAUUGGAUUGCUCUGUUUUUGUGCUAUUCUUUGACAUUCUUGAAGAAAAAAAAGAUCCAACUUUUGAGGGGUGGUUUUGGAAUGAUUGUGAAAGUCGUUGGAGGUUCUGUUUAAAGAAAUUUCAAAGAAAUCGUGGUAUUGGAGUCUGAAAUUUAGUUGUUGGAAUAUAGUGUUAAUUCUAGGGAUUUCUCGGAUUUUUGCUUGGCUCGUCAAAUUCACUGGAAGUUUCCUUUUGGGGUUUUUCCUCUUAGACAGGGAAAAAAAAUGGAAUCCUUCUGGGAUCUAUCAGAUGGGAAUGUGAAAUCUGGUGGAGAAAAUUGGCUAUCAGCAGUUCUGCCAUUGAUGAAAUUGCUCUCACUCGCUGUCAUAGGCCUAAUUCUCGCCCACCCAAAACUCCAAGUUAUGUCAAAAGCUACUUUCAGGCUUCUCAGCAAGCUUGUUUUUGUCCUAUUCCUGCCAUGCUUAAUCUUCACCCAAUUGGGACAAUCCAUUACUGGCAAGAAUUUUGUCCUCUGGUGGUUCAUACCCGUAAACGUCAUUAUCAGUACUGCUGUCGGUUGCAUUUUGGGGUACUUGGUGGCAAUAAUAUGCCGGCCACCACCCGAAUUCUUUCGGUUUACCAUCAUCAUGACUGCAUUUGGGAACACAGGUAAUCUCCCGCUUGCCAUCGUUGGGUCGGUAUGCCACAGUGCGAAGAACCCAUUUGGUCCUGAUUGUCAUACCUCUGGUGUGUCCUAUGUCUCUUUUGCUCAGUGGGUUGCUGUAAUUCUUGUUUACACACUUGUAUACCACAUGAUGGAACCACCCCUUGAGUAUUAUGAAAUUGUUGAGGAAGGGAAUGAGAUUGAGGAGGUGGUCACUGCUAACGAUUUAAGCAGGCCACUGCUUGUUGAAGCUGAAUGGCCAGGAAUGGAAGAUAAAGAAACUGAGCAUUGCAAGACACCCUUUAUUGCAAGGGUCUUUACCAGAAUCUCUAGCAUUUCACCAAGUACUUUUCCUGAUGUUGGUUCACUGGAGGAGGGAGGUCCAAACAGUCCCAAGUCCAUUAGGUGUUUGGUGGAGCCCAAGGUGGUUAGGAGAAUUAGGAUCGUUGCUGAACAAACACCAAUUCAGCACAUACUUCAGCCCCCUACAGUUGCUUCUCUGUUAGCCAUUAUUAUUGGGAUGUUUCCUCAGCUCAAAUCUUUUGUUUUUGGCUAUGAUGCUCCACUUUCAUUUAUCACAGACAGCUUAUCAAUCUUGGCUGGGGCAACAAUUCCAUUCGUGUUGCUUAUCCUUGGAGGAAUGCUUGCUGAGGGUCCAUAUGAAUCUAAACUUGGAAUUCGGACUGUAAUUGGAAUUAGUGUUGCAAGGCUUUUGGUACUUCCUUUGAUUGGAAUUGGAAUCAUUCUUUUAGCUGAUAAGAUGAAUUUUUUGGUUCCUGGGGAUAAAAUGUACCGGUUUGUGCUUUUAUUGCAAUAUACAACACCAAGUGCCAUCUUGUUGGGAGCAAUUGCAAGUUUAAGAGGUUAUGCAGUUAGUGAAGCUUCAUCACUCCUCUUUUGGCAGCAUGUGUUUGCAGUGUUUUCCCUUUCAUUGUAUAUAAUUAUCUACUACAAAGUUCUGCUUCCUUAUGUCUGAGUUUUCUUCAACAGCUUGAGAUCCCUUAUCAUGGACAUAUAUACGAAACAUCUUGCAGAUAGGAUUUCAGCAUAACAGAGAAAUCUGGGUGAUUUGUUAGUGGAAGGAGUUAUGACCAUCCAGACUAUAUGCCAUUUCAUCAAGCUGGGAAUCUCCAUUCUGACUUACUACCUUGUGAGUCCCCUCAAUUCAACAUCUCUCCCAGCUUCUGCUAGUCCCAAUUCAAAGAUUGAUCUGUAAGUCUUCCAAUCUUGAACUUCUCAUAGUUCUGCGAUGAGAAUGACUAGUCAUUGUAGCUUCAGAAUUUGUAAACAUCUUAAAGAUGAUCUCAAACCUUUUCCUUGGAGAGGAAUCUUGCAAGUUUGACCAGCUCAAACUAUAA